CCACACUGCAGGAAAUACAGGCAGAAAUGACGACCGCGGACUCGCAGGAUAUCGAACAGGCUACGGCCACUCUCGCGAGCGGUCAGCCCGACGACAAGACGCGUCGGUACGAUCGCCAGCUACGGAUAUGGGCCGCGUCAGGCCAAGCAGCGCUCGAGUCUGCCCGCAUCCUCGUAGUCUCGUCUUCAGCCACAUCUACCUCCAUCCUCAAGAAUCUCGUUCUCCCCGGCAUUGGCCACUUCUCUAUCCUCGACUCUGCCAUCACCACCCCUGCAGAUGCGGGAAACAACUUCUUCCUCAAUGCGCGAGAGAGUAUAGGGAAGCCUCGCGCGCAAGAGGCCGUCCCCCUCCUGCGCGAGCUGAACGAGAGCGUGCAGGGCGAAGCCGUACUCAAAGAUGUCAAGGACCUUCUGGGGACGGAGCAGGGCAAGGACUGGUUGACGGGUUUCUCGAUUGUGAUCGCGCACAACCUGGACAAGCCCACGCUCGAGGAGCUCUCCGCCCUCCUCUGGUCGAAUCCUGAAGGCCCACCACUCGUUACCGUGCGCUCCGCAGGAUUCCUCGCCGAGUUCCAUAUUCAAUAUCAUGAACACUGCGUGUCCCAGUCGCAUUCGGAGAACGCGCCUUCAUUGCGCAUCACCCGCCCGUUCCCCGCAUUGCUCGAGUGGGCGCGCGGUCUGGAUCUGGGUGCAAUGGACCAAACAGAUCAUGGCCAUAUUCCGUUUGUCGUCAUCCUCGUCCGACAAGUCGACGAGUGGAGGAAGAGCCAUGGCGGCGAGUUGCCAAAGACGAUGGCCGAGAAGAAAGAGUUCAAGAAGGGCAUUCUCGCGCUCAAGGUCAAGUCGGACGAGGAGAACUUCGAUGAGGCCGAGGCGCAGGCAUGGCGUGUCUGGUCGGAACCCGCCAUCCCCUCAGACAUCCAAGCACUCUUCUCCCUCUCGGCGCUCCAGUCUGCGAGCGCCCAACCGCGGCACGCGACAUUCCACGCGCUCCUGCAGACCCUCUCAGAGUUCACGAAGGACCCUGCUGGCUCUGGCACGCUCCCGCUCAGCGCGAACCUGCCCGACAUGAAGUCCGACACGGAGAGCUACGUCCGCCUGCAGAACCUCUAUCGCCAGUGGGCGGACGUCGAGAAGGGGAAGUUCAGGGCGCUGUUCGAGGCGAAGCACCCGGAGGCGGCGGCCGGCGCGGACCCGGAGGAGGUGGACUCGUUUGUGAAGAACUCGCACCAUUUGCGCGUAUUGAGGGGGAAGCGGUGGGGCGCGUUCGAUGCGGACCGGGAGGCGCUCGGUAACGCGCUGGCUAGUACCCCGCGCGAGGCGGCGACACACCUCACGCUUACAGCGCUGACGAAUCUACUGGCUCGGGACUCUGAUGCAUCGAAAGUAACGGACGAAGCCCUGAAGGGAGAGGUCAUCUCCCUCGUAGGCCCCGGCAUCGAGUUCCCAGAUGAGCUCGACGCCGCCAUCGGAGAAGUCGCGCGUGCGCCGACGGCGGACAUCCCGAACAUGGCGGCGUUCCUGGGCGGGCUCGUCGCGCAGGAGGCGAUCAAGAUGAUCACGGAGCAGUACGUGCCGCUGAACGGCUACUGCGUCGUCGACCUCGUCGACUCGUGGACAGGCGUCGUCGGGUGAGCGAGUGAAGGAAUAACAGGAAGGGUCGAUGUAACAUAGAGUUCGGUUGCUUUGUCAAUUGCUUUACGCGCGUCCGAUGCAAUGCGUUGUGUUC